CUAAUCUUGACUGAAAUCAGUUUCAGACAAGUGUGCUUUGAUUAUGUGCUACAAGUGUGCUUUGAUUAUGUGCUACAACGGCCUGCCAUACACGAAAUAGAUUGCGUGUCAACCAAAGAUUUCAUACUAGAAAUUUAAGAUUGCAUUAAUGACUUUAAUAGGUUUACUUAAUCGAAAUAAAUUAACGAAUUUUUUAUUCAAAUGAAGGCCACAAUGUGGUUCUAUAUUUAAAAAAAAACGAAUACGAAAUUCAAAGCUUAACAGCUAUAGUUUACUUUAAUCCGAUUUUUUUUUCCCCAUUAUUUUUUUCUUGAAAACACAGCAGCAUCGGGUGGGUAGAAAUAGCUCUGAGAAUGACGGUGGGAGGGAUUCCUGCUGCAGGAAUCUAGGUAGCCAGCAGAGCUCAGAGGUUCAACUUUCCAGAGAGAGCAGCAGAGGCUGGAGCGCAUCCCUGACUCUGCUACCUGAUGAACAUCGAGCCUCUUUCCUGACACCUUUUAUUCUGUUAAAUUGUCACAUCAGAGGAACCUGUUAAAUAUUUGAGGAGUUCAUCUUUAAUAGACUUUCAGACAUGGAUCUGUCUUUUCGACGCAGGUGUUUGAUUUUGCUGUGUUUGGCAGCUAUUCAAAGCGGUCAUGCCACUGUUCAGACAUGCAUGGAUAAGCACCAGGUGGUUGGGCUGCUGCGUCAGAUGGAGAAGUUCCUGAAAGGCCAAGAGAUCCGCUUUACAGAGGGUCUCAGGAUCAUGAAGUCGAAGCUGGCAUCACUUCAGAGCUCUGCCUCCAAGUUACCUCAAGCCGACCAGUCAGCUGCUCCCACCACCUGCCCCUCCCUGGAAGCUCCUGCUCAUGGAACAAAGUUUGGCUCAAAGUAUUUUGUUGGACACGAGGUCCACUUCACUUGCUCCCAGGGGUACCAGCUUGUCGGCUCUCCCACGCGAGUUUGCAGGGAUAAUGGCACCUGGACUGGUGUCGGUGCAGCUUGUAAAGAUGUAAGUGAAUGUGCAAGUAACCCCUGCCAAAACGGAGGUACCUGUGUGGAAGGCAUCAACCAGUAUAAAUGCACUUGCCCACAAAACUGGAGCGGCUCUCACUGCCAGGACCAAACCCAAACAGCACCGCCUGAGUGGAGUGUUAUGAACGACCCAGCGUUUAGCCGGAGACCUCGCUGCGCCCAAGUCAACCAAGCCCAACACUGCAGCUGCGACGCCGGCUUUCACAUGAGUGGCACCUCUGACAACAGCAUCUGUCAGGAUGUAAAUGAAUGUGAAGUGUACCGGUUGGAUCAAGGAGGGAAACUGUGUGUCCACCAGUGUGUUAACGUCCCAGGCUCGUACCACUGCUCCUGCCCCAGUGGUUACAAGUUACUUCCAGAUGGGCGGAGCUGCGAAGAUGUGGAUGAAUGUUUGAGCCAGAAGCACAACUGUAGCCGAGGGACAUCUUGUGUCAACACGGGGGGAGGCUUUCAGUGUGUCAACCCGGAGUGUCCCCAUUCCCACGGCAACAUCAGCUACGUAAAGACAUCUCCCUUUCAGUGUGAGAGGAACCCCUGUCCCAGGAACAGCCGCCCCUGUCACUUGGCUCCUAAGACGGUGUCCUUCCACUAUCUGUUUCUGCCCUCCAACCUGCAGACGCCUGCCACCCUGUUCCGCAUGGCCACAGCUACGGCCCCGGGUCGCACGGGGCCAGACAGCCUGCGCUUCGGCAUAGCGAGCGGAAACUCCCGAGGCAUGUUUGUCAUGCAGCGUUCUGACAGACAGACAGGUGAGCUGAUUCUGGUGCAACAGCUGAGCGGACCUCAGGAGAUCAGCGUGGACGUUGACAUGUCCGAGUAUACCGACCGCACCUUUCAGGCCAAGCAUGUGGCAAGAGUCAACAUUCUGGUUUCACCCUACAACUUCUGAGAGCAAGCAUAGUGGGGACGAAGAGUUGUUGGGACCUAAAACCAGGACUAAUCCAUCUCUCCCUUUGUUUUUGCAUCAGUUCAAAAGGCUUAGUUAUCCCAAAAUAAAUAAAGUUGCUGUCAAUCAAUGAAGCUUCUUUUAAAAACUCUUAAUUGGAUUUGAGCUUCAAACAAAUAAACCCCAUGAGAGCUCAGAUGUAGAACACUCCUACUUAAUGGAACGCUCUCAUGGUUCUAAUUUAUUGGAUACAUUGUUGCUGGAUUUUAGUUUGUAAUUUUCAGGCAAAAAAAGCGAUCUUUGAUCAUCUUAUAUUGUAUAUUUGCUUUUGUGUUGUUUUUUAUACAAACUUGUUUCAUUUAAGGCACCGGUAAGGGAUUCCUUUAUUUUGGCGCCACUUUACAAUAAAGCUCUCUUAAUGAAUUACAUAUAAAUAGUAUCUAUAAAUAUACAUAUAC